AUGAGGAGUACUCCAGCAUAUCCGAACCCACCAUCCUUUCCCUUCUCCCUUGAAAAUUUUAUAGCAGAUCAAGAAGCAGCACAUGAUCAACCCCUAAAACUCUUCUUCUCAUCAUCAGUACCAAAUGGCCGUGCUUCUUGUUCUCUCGCAUUUCCAGCUUUCUUUGACUCCCUCAGUGAUCAGUCGGGGAUCUCUAGUACGAGUAUUACUGGUGGAGAUCAAGCCCUAGUAUAUGAUCAAAGGGCAAAUAAGAGCAUAUGGCAAGGUGAAACUAGUUAUGAUCCAUUAGUAUGCUCAUCAUCUUCUUUAGUUCAACCCGUGUCCGAUGAUAGCAACGAGGAGUACCAGAAGUUGUCUGUGUGCACUGAUCAAAUAACUGAAACUAAUGAAGACCCUGAGAGUAACAAUAAUAGGCCAGUAAAGUGGACACCCUCGACGAUGAAGUUGAUGCAAAAGAUGACCAAUCAACCGGAUCAAGUACCUGAAAACAUUCCCCUUACAUUUAAGUUCCAAACUGCUGGUCGUGAUGAUCAGCAUCGUGAAACUAAUACUGGCCAAACCAGCAGCAGCAGCAGCUUAACUAUUACCAAUAAGAGGAGUAGUAGUAACAGUGGUGUGUCGGCUGCUAGGGUUUGUUCGGAUUGCAGCACCAACACAACCCCGCUUUGGCGGAGUGGUCCUCGAGGUCCCAAGUCACUAUGCAAUGCGUGUGGAAUUCGACAAAGAAAAGCGAGAAGAUCCAUGGCUGAAGCUGGAUUGGGAUGUGGCACCACCAGCACGGCUACUACUAUUACAGCUGCUAUCACGGCCAAACCAUCAUCAAUUAGUAAGGGUAAGGAGAAAAUAUCACCACAAAACCACAAUGUCAGAGUGAGUUGCAAGAACAAAAGAAAACUCAUCAUGACCAACGAAGGUACUAGUACUGCAGCACCUAGCAAAUAUUACAAGAGAAAAGAUAAACAGCUCUGUAACUUCAAGCAGGUAGCUGCUUUUCCACCAUCGGCACUAUUUCCUCUAGAUGUUGAAGAAGCUGCAAUCCUGCUAAUGGACCUAUCUUCUGGCCUAUGUAUGAACCACUCUUGA